UACCAUGGCAGCCAGCUGACACACCUCUUUUGUCCCCUGUCUCCUUUGGCUGGGGAAGUGAUUAGGACUUUCCAAGACUUGGCUCCCCAGAGCUACUGGAGAUAAUACUGCCUGAGAAGCCCACUCUGCAAGUUCUGCUGGAUAGCUGGCCCAGCACGGGGUAACGGUCAAUUAGAGUGAGUUGGAGAGGCAGUAAGUAGGGAGACUGAAGUGUUGAGAUGGCAGUCAACAGAAGCCCAACCGCGAUGGAUGGAAACCACCCAGAGCAGGAAAAUGUACUCCAGAGAGUCUUUCAGUUGCCUGUGGUAAGUGGAACCUGUGAGUGUUUCCAAAAGACCUACACCAGCACCAAAGAAGCCCAUCCACUUGUGGCCUCUGUAUGUAAUGCCUAUGAGAAAGGUAUACAAGGAGCCAGCAACUUGGCUGCAUGGAGCAUGGAGCCUGUGGUCCGACGGCUGUCAACACAGUUCACAGCUGCCAACGAGCUGGCCUGCCGUGGAUUAGACCACUUGGAAGAAAAGAUUCCUGCUCUCCAAUACCCUCCAGAAAAGAUUGCUUCUGAACUAAAGGAAACCAUCUCCACUAGGAUCCGAAGUGCCAGAAACAGCUUCAGUGUCCCCAUUGCCAGCACUUCAGAUAAGGUCCUGGGGACAGCUUUGGCUGGCUGUGAGCUUGCCUGGGGUAUGGCACGGGACACAGCUAACUAUGCCUCCAGCACCCGGGUGGGUCAGCUGGCAGCUGGAGGGGCAGACUUGGCCUUAAGCAAUGUUGAGAAGGUGGUGAACUAUUUGAUGCCAGCACCCCAGGAAAAUCCAGCCACAGUGCUGGAGCACCCUAAUCCUCCCCAACCCCAGCAGAAGUUGCCAAAGCAAAAGCCCAGCUUCCUUCAAAGAAUUGGAACUUUAACCAACACUGUCUCCCAGCACACUUUUCAGACGACAGUCCAGACCCUCCGCUGGGGCCAUGCAUUAGCCAAGUGGAUUCCAGGUGUGGCUCCAUUGAGCAGUAUGGCCCAGUGGGGUGUUUCAGCUGCCCUGCAGGUGGUGUCAAGACCCCGAUCCACAUCAAGUGGAAAUUGGCAGUACAACCAGGCUCAGGAAGAGGAGGAUGAGGAUGAGGAGGAGGAGGAAGAAGAAGAGGAGGAGGAAGAAGAACCUGAAGUGAAGAAGGAAGAGAACAAACUAAAUGAGACCAUGUCCAGUAACCAGAGCCUCUUAGGUAGUGUGGUUCACACUUUGCAGUCUGCCUACUUGACCACUGUCUCCACUGUAAAGUGGGCACCCUUUGCCAUCUGGAACAACACCGCUGGAAGACUGCUUCACCUCACUUCCGGUCAGGAGACCUUUGCCAAAGGCAGGGCAAUGUCAUUAUCAGAUGCCCUGAAAGGUGUUACGGAUAAUGUGGUGGACACAGUGGUGCAUUAUGUACCGCUCCCCAGGUUGUCACUGAUGGAGCCAGAGAGUGAAUUUCAGGACAUAGAUAACCCUCCAUCUGAGACUGAUCGAAGUGAAGGUGCCAAUUCACCCACCCCUGAGUUCCCAGGCAAACUACAGCACCGGGGAAGCUUGAGGAGUACCCGGAAUUGCAAUGCUCUCUCCUUCCUGGGCCUAGAAGACAAACUCUUUACCCAGCAGAAAGUGCUGGACCAGGUGCCCCAGCAGCGCAGCUCCCUCCAUCGUGGCCCCACCUUUGAGCCUGAGACACCUGUCACCAGCCGCUCCAUGUUUUCUUCCUACCACCGAGAGAAACCCACCCGCCGUGUCAGUGACAGCUUCUACCGGCCCAGCAUCAUGGAGCCCAUCUAUAACCGGGUCCACCACAACCAGCUUUACAAGAAGAACUGACCCAGGCCAAGGUCCCUGCAGAACCAGUCCUUCCUUGGUGCCCUCAGUUGGUCCCACUGGUUAGUGCUCAUGCCCUGCUACCAUCACCACUCCCAGCUUAUCCCCACUGCCUCCACAAAGAAGAGCAAAGCCUGCAUCCUAAGAGAACUCAAUCCAGUGACCUCUGCUUUUGCUUACAACCUACCUACUUAUUCAUUGCUGUGGCAGAAUCCUAGAUAUCCUAGUAGAGAUGGAUUCCCCCUCUGCCUGCCUGCUUGCCAGAAGCAUACCAUCAGCAUUGAGACUAACCUGAGGGCAAAAGCUGAGGGCUUCUGGGCUUGGAGCCAUCAAAACCAAAGAGUGAGAUGAGACCCACAGACUCAGCACAUCAGGAGCUCCCAGGCUGACUGAAUCAGGUCUAAAUAUGAAGAAUGAGAUUGGGGGAUUAAGGAUAUUUGUGCUUUUAAACUUGACUCAUCCAUUUAAAUCGGAGUUGUGCCCUUCAGAGUACUGCUCUUGGGAGCUGAUUCAGUCUUCCAAUGGUGUAACCCUUGCUCAAACACAUUUAGAACUUUUCUUUGGCAAUAGCCUCUAAGGCCUAUUUGCAGCCACACAAGGAAGCCAGCUUUUCUCUCUGUAUAGUCAUACUCCCUAAUAGGAACCUAGAUGAAACUUUGGAAAUCAUCUAGUUCAACUGGCUUAUCUUACAGAUGAGUAUUUAAAUGGAGGCCCAGGAAGGUUAAGUUACUAGCUCAAGGUCACAUAGGAUGUAGACUCAGACCAUUUGGUUCAACAUCCACCUGUCUCUUACUUUUGACCCCAAAUUAUAUUUCCCACAUGAAUUACCUAUCAGACUUGGCUCCAAAUGACUUAUGGCUAUUUCUAAAAAUCAACUCCAUCAUGGAAGGAGGAAAGGUGUGUCACCAAUGAGGUUAUUCAAAAGGAUGUGUUGCAAGCUCUGAAGAGAAUUCCCAAAGAACUGUCCCCAAAGUGUUCUGAGCAAUGGCAGCAUGUGUUGGAAUGAAUGUGUGGACUCUCCAAGGGACUUCUUUGAGGGAGACUAUACUCAUUUGGGCAUGUAAAAUGUAGGACAUUGGUUUUAAAAAAAAAGUGCCAUAAUUUGAUAGUAUCACCUUAGCUAGUAACCCUUCCUUCCAUUGCAUGUGGGUUGGCUGUUUAUAAACAUAUUUCUUUAUCUAUUAAAAUAACCCCUACCUUCUCAGGUUUUCCAUUUGCAU